AUGGAUGAUGUAUUUAAUCUACGUUCAUUUGUUGGAAAUCAAGUAGAAAAACUCUCUACGCCAACAAAUGUCAUCGUUGAUAAAUUUCGGCAAACAGUUGACAAUUUUAAAUUUCCAUUCAUUUUAUCAACAAACACUGAUCGAGACACGUUACAAAUGCCAACAAACGAUGCAAUACAUAACAUUUAUCCAUCCGAAUCACUCUCGACGUCAUCAACAUCAUCAAUAAUUAGUAGUCAUCAUGUGUUAAAUUCACGAUGGACUCAAAUAACCUUACCGGACUCCAUGUCGAAUAUGACACUUGCUAGUGAACAGCAAACAUAUCGUCAUGCAACUUUGAAACGCCAUGUUUCAGAAUCGAACAAAUCCGACGAAGCAAAUCUCUCUCGACCAAUCUUUCAUGACAAUCCACCAAUUGAUGUUAGUUGUUUACUAAACAAAAGCAAUCCUUCACAAACAACGCACACCGAUCGAUCUCGUUCCUUAAUUCGACAGUCAACAGAUGCCACAUGUACAUAUCCUAUUCGCCGUGCCAUGCGUCGUAUGGAAUCGGUUGAAAUUCCUGGCUUAAACGGAGUUAAAUCGAUUCGUUACAUAACCGAUGAUCUCGGCAAAUUAGAACCUGAUCUUUAUAAAAAGCAAAUCUCGUCCAAUGAUUCUUCCAACGAAACUGGUGAACUGACAUUUACACUUUUCUACAAUCAAACACUAUCAUCAUUAAUAGUCACAAUUCUUUCCAUUGAUAAAUUGCCAUACCGAAAUUUGAAUUCGAAAACUUUACCAAAUCCAUUCAUCAAACUAACAUUGCUGCCUGAUCGUCGAAAAAAGUUUCAAACUAAACUCUACAAACAUACACGCUCCAAACAAUUCAAUGAAACAUUUCCUAUACCAAUUGCUUUCGAUGAUUUACUAAAACGCAUACUACUCUUCUCCGUUUACGACUUUCGUCGUUCAUCGAAACGUAAUCUUAUUGGUACAAUCAAAAUCGAAGAUAUCUAUUCUAUACCAAAUCUCACAUCGUAUGACGUCACAUUUACAAAACAUAUCAUGCUUGGCAUGGAGAGCGAUCCUGAUCUUGGUGAAUUAACAGUUUCCUUAUGUUAUUUACCCAACGCGAAACGUGUUACAGUGACAAUUGUUAAGGCUACUUCGUUAAAGCCGAUGGAUAUAACUGGCAAAUCUGAUCCGUAUGUGAAAGUCAUUCUCCUGAUCAAUGGUAAAAAAGUUCGCAAGAAGAAAACAUCUGUUCUAUCAAAUACGCUCAACCCAAUAUACAAUGAAAGUUUAGAAUUUGAUUUACGUAAUGAAGAACUGGAAUAUGCAGAUUUGAUAUUUAAAGUGAUUGACUAUGAUCGCGUUGGUUUGAACGAACUGAUCGGAUGUAUAGGUAUUGGUGUCAAUUUUAACGGACUACAACGUCAUCAUUGGUAUCAAAUGCUAGAAUAUCCACGUGUACCAAUUACUCAAAGUUAUAAUCUGCGUGACACAGUGCCGAGUCUAUUGUAUACAAAGUCCAAAAUCAACCAACAGAAAAAAUAA